AUGAAGCUGACUGUAUUCGCCCUCUUGUUGGCUCUCUUUUCUGCCUGUGCUCUCAUCUUCUCUUCCAGCCAGGUACAAGUUCAAGCCCUCUCUCUUCCCUCUCUCGAAAAACUCAUUCGACAACAAGUCGGCAACAAGAAAUUUAACAAACUGUUGAAUCGUUUCACCAAUUCAUUGCUCAACAAAAUUCUUCCAAAAGAAGAACAUGAAAUUCUUUCAGAUUCCAUGUGGCCAGAGACUCGUUGUACCAAUGUUGAAAGUGCUCUCAAUGUUCGAAAUGCUCCAUAUGGAUCCAUUGUCAGAACUUUGGGCGCUGAAACUCAAGUCACUGUUUAUGAUGUUAGUUAUGCCAAUGAUGGAUCGAAAUGGGCAAAAAUUGGAGACGGUCAAUGGGUUUUUGCUAAAUAUUUAAAGAUGGCUUGUCAAAAUUCGAAUAAUAAUGGAGAUAAGACAACAGUAACUCUGGCAAAGAUUUUUGAACACGAGGGAUUGUGUCAGAAUUGGGCUUCAGAUAGUGGAAAUGAUUUCCAAGGUAAAAUUGGUUACACUUGCAUGGGAGUCACUCCAUCCCAAUGUUGGAACAACCGCAACACCAUCUUUUCGCCUCUCUACUCUGGUUUUGACGGCCAUCCUGCUGACUUUUGCAAAUACGCCUACGAUCAAAAUCCUGCAGUUUACAAACAAUGUGCAGCUCAAUUAUAUGCUCAAAAUUAUUUCGGUCCAGGAGGUUGUAAUCCUCUUCCAAUGCCUGCAUACUAUGUAUGUGCUGAUAUUGCUGUGAACUCUGGAGUGGGUCGUUCUCAACAAUAUAUUUCAGAAUUAGGAGGUUACAAUGGACAAAACGCCAAAGAAUUUGCACGAGCUUUGAAUGAGAAACAUCGAGCAGAUUAUAAGAGAUGGGGUUGUCCUACUUGUAAGAAUAGAGUGUUCCUUGCUGGUUGGUUGGCAAGAGCUGACGAAAGAGAUCGAUUUAUUGAUAAUUAUUAA